AACGCUGUCCACGGUGCUGAAACACAGCGGCGCGCUUUGUGCUUUGAAAGCUUUCCACUCUAACAGCUCAGUCGCGUUCUUGUUACUCUCAGAACAAAGACAAUGCUUUCUCAAAGAAGGUACAAGUGAUGUCUCAUAUAUAACAGCAAACGUCAGGUGUGUCGUUUUCGUGAUCCCGUCACGUAGCAGCGCUGCGUUUGGUUUAGUUAAUGCGCAGUGAGGUAGCGCUUCUGCUGGACUCAUUCAUAUUUACCUCGCUAUUUACACACAUGGACUGUUGCCUUGUUGGAUUUACUUCAGUCGCUGUUGGGGAACUACCAGUGAAAACGAGUUAAUAUCACCAACAAAAUGAUCCGGUGAUUACUUUUCCCAGCAAUUUUCGGACUUAUACAUCGCGUUGUGUCGUGCAACUUCAACAAAUGAUCAGGAUAAUUUUCUUUUCUGCAAACUUACCACGGACCACAAGAGGAUAAAGCAAAAUGAUCAAAACAAAUGACGCGUUUUAUAGUUUGAACGGUGUUGCACAGUCGGGAAAAUGAUUGCGGUUAAUACCGAGUGUAUAACUAUGGUGAGAAGAUGUCUUCUGACGUUCAAACCUUUCAGGAUUUUUGUGGCGGGCAUCGGUUUCUUCAGUCUGUGCUUUUUAAUGACGUCUCUGGGGGGGCAGUUCUCGGCCAAGCGGCUGGCCGAUUCCCCGUUCAGCAUCCGAACUGAAGUGUUGGGUGGUCUGGAGUCUCGUGGGGUCCUGAGGAAGAUCAGCGAUAUGUUGGAGAUCAUCAUGAAGAAGAUCGACACCCUAUCAAAACUGAGCAACAACAGUGAGUCUCAGAGACUGGAGGAACUGAACUCUGCUCUCCACAGGUUUCAGCCUGUAGGUCUUGUGGAGCGGAUCCAGGCCAUCGCCCAAAAUGUGUCUGACAUGGCUGUGCGGAUGGAGCAGAUACUGAAGAGGACAAAUAUGCCAAGCAGAGGGCUAGAUGGAGUUACGGGCCAGUGUGAAGUCCCCAAGCAUCCCUGGUACGCGGAUUGCGCCAGCAAAGUGGAUUGGAUGAGAGCCAGGUGGACAUCCGACCCUUGCUAUGCUUUUUAUGGAGUGGAUGGCUCUGACUGCUCUUUCCUCAUCUACCUAAGUGAAGUGGAGUGGUUCUGCCCCCCGCUGGCCUGGAGGAACCAAAGUAGCCACCCUACAAUGAGUAGCCCACCAAAGAGACAGGCAUUUCUCCGCUCUGAUCUGUCUGCACUUUUGGAGCGCGUUGGCUCAGGGAAGGAGUCUUUAAGCUUCAUGAGGAGGCGUAUGCGCAGACUGGCUGCGCAGUGGGCUGCAGCUGCACGCAGACUUGAAGAGCACCUGCGCGGUCAGUACAGAGAACAGAAGAGGAUCUUGGUGCAUGUGGGCUUUCUAACAGAGGAAUCUGGUGAUGUGUUCAGUCCAAAAGUGUUGAAGGGGGGACCACUUGGAGAGAUGGUUCAAUGGGCUGACAUCCUUACCACGCUCCAUGUGCUGGGCCAUAACCUCAAAAUCUCACUGUCAGUUAAAGAGCUGCAGGGGGCUCUUGGUGUGCCUCCGGGGAGAGGAAGUUGCCCUCUGAUUGGUCCACUGCCCUUUGACCUCAUCUAUACCGACUACCAUGGUUUGCAGCAGAUGAAACAGCACAUGGGCCUGUCAUUCAAACAGCACAGAUGCCACAUACGUGUGAUUGACACCUUUGGUACAGAACCAGCAUACAAUCAUGAAGAGUAUGCAACACUGCACGGCUACAGGACAAACUGGGGCUACUGGAACCUAAACAGCAAGCAGUACAUGACAAUGUUCCCACACACCCCUGAUAAUUCCUUCAUGGGUUUUGUGACCGAGGAAUUAAACCAAACUGAAAGACUGAACAUACAAAGAGACAAAGUCAGCAACAUGGCAGUGGUUUAUGGCAAAGAGCCCAACAUGUGGAAGGGUAAGGAAAAGUUAUUAUCCAUCCUACAUCGGUACAUGGACAUCCACGGUACGGUCUACUAUGAGGCACAGCGCCCCCCAGAGGUGCCUGCAUUCGUCAGGAACCACGGCCUGCUGCCCCAGCAGGAGUUACAGCAGCUUUUGAGAAAAGCUAAGCUCUUCAUGGGAUUUGGCUUCCCCUAUGAAGGCCCCGCCCCUUUAGAGGCCAUAGCCAAUGGCUGUGUAUUCCUGCAGCCGAAGUUCAAUCCUCCUCGCAGCUCCCUCAACCAUGAGUUCUUCAGGGGAAAGCCCACCUCCAGAGAAGUGUCUUCACAGCAUCCUUAUGUUGAACAUUACAUUGGCAAACCUCACGUCAUAACUGCAGACUUUAACAACUCUGAGGAGUUUGAGGCUGCUGUUCGAGAAAUCCUCCAAAUCAAGGUGGAGCCCUUAAUACCCUUUGAGUACACUUGUGAAGGAAUGCUGGAGAGAGUGAACGCUUACAUUCAGCAUCAGGAUUUUUGUCAAAAAAGUCGGCCAUUUCCUGCAGUUAAUGAGUCCAGAUCAUGGCCAGGAAACCCACCCAGCCCUUUCCUCCAGCUGUCAAACUCUACAGCUCUGAUCUGGUCUCCCAAUAUCUCUGCUCCGGCCUGCUGGCCUCCCCUCAGCGCCCUUCGGCUCUUCCUCUCUCCAGAGGACUCGUCCUGUGUGAAAACCUGCCAGGACGCUGGUUUCAUCUGCGAGCCAGCUUUCUAUCCUUUCAUCAACAAUAUGGAAGCCUUCAGCGGGCUCAAUGCUCGGUGCGAGUCGCUGGAAUCGGAGAAGAACCACUUGUUUCCAGCGGUACAUGUGGAAAGAAGAGAGUGUUUCCUGCAGAAGGAUCCUCUGCUGUUCAGCUGCGCUGGGAUCAGUGCCAAACACCAACGCCUUUGUCCUUGUAGAGAUUACCUCCAGGGACAGGUGGCGUUGUGCAGGGACUGCCUUUGAACUUUGGCCAUAGAAAUGUCUGUGGUUAAUUGAGGCCGUAAACAUGCAAGCUUUCCCAUUAACAGGUUAAUGGGAUCUGCUGGUUAUGGCUGUUGGUUCAAGCCUGAAGUCUGGAGAGUCGACUUCAAUCCUGGUUUCUUUUUGCACUACAAUCCAAAGCAAAACUUAGCCUCCAGGGUUCAGACGUUUGUUAAGAAAGAUGGCACCCCAAAAAUACUGGGUUAUUUUCAACCAAGCAUUGGGUCAAAAAGAGACAAGCCCAGCCUUUGGGUUAAAUUAACCAAAACAUUUUUAUAUUUGACCCAACAAUCGGUCAAAACAACCUAGCAUUUUGGGUUGAAACAACCCAGCACAGGUUAAAUUAUUGUACAACCCAGGGGUCUGGGCUCAUCUUUUUUUUACCCAACGUUGCGUUAAAAAUAACCCAGCAUUUUUUAGAGUGCAGCUGUGGAGUUAUUGGAAGGAGCUUGGCUGGUGGCGGCUUUAGGGUUGCAUGGGGUAUUAAAGCGAUUCAAGCAGAAAAUAAAUGCAAAUUGUAGUUUUAGGUUUGGAGCUCCUUUGUGAUUCAGGUCAGACUCUGGAAGCUGUUUUUAUGAAUGCUAGAAGUGUUAGAAUUGCACAUGAGUUUUGAAGUCAACAUGGCAUUUGGGAAUCAUUAUACUUCCGUAAUGUGCUGUAUGUCCUAAUGAAACGGGUUAUUCAAUGAGAUCAAAUUACAGAGUGUAUGAAAUGACCAUAUUUAACUCAAUGAGAACUAUUAGAUUGUGGAAAAAACAGCAAAAUACUAAAAUGAACCAAGAUUUGAAGGAAUCUUGGUUCCCCUUCUGAAACACAGCAUGUGUGCAGACUUUUUCAGCAGGACAUGUAAGGUUCAUCCUCUGAGUCAUGUCCAUAUAUUCACAUACAGUAUAACACUUCCUUUUUAAUAUUGUUAUUGGUUAUUAUUGCUGUAACCUUUAUUAGAUUAACAGGAUUAAAUUAUUGCAUUAAUGAUUAGCACUUAUAAAGCAGGUCCCUCCAGAAGUUCCUAAAAGCUUUUUUGGCUAUUUGUUAUUUAGUAGCCUACACAGCCUAGACGACAUCAGCCGACAAGUUGUUUCUGAAGUAAAUCGGGUCAUAUCUGAUUACAUGUUGACUUUAAGUUCAUGUAAAAAACAAAACGUGCCAGAGAAUAGACAUGAAUUAUUUACAGAUGUAAAUAGUCAUUGCAUUUGACCUAUUUCAUAAACAGGAUUGUUUGUACAAAAUAAAAUCUACUUUUAAAAUUUGUGCAUUUUUGUGUUUUUAGCAGCUCCAUGUG